AGCUUGACCCGGGAGGGCUCAGAAACAAAAAGCAAGCCCCACUACAAUCCAAAACAUAAUAAUGAAGAACCAAGGCCAUUGGGAUACCGCAAAGAACAUAGGAGGCUUGUAGGGCUUUUGACACUCUCGCUCUCGUUAUAACCAUUAAGGGACUGAAAGCAUCAAAUGGCAUCGUGAACAUUAUUGAAAUGACUAGCCUCGAAGAGAAUUUCUUGAAUCCGCUAUAUAAAAAAAAAAGAGAGACCAAAUAAAACCUUUUAUUUUGCUAAGCCAGCUGCAACAAUAAAGACUAUCUGCAUCCGGACCGAGCGGUGGCACUUUGACCUAGUAGGAAUUAGGAGCUAAACAGCUCGCUUGUAUCAUCGUUCGUUAAAUGGUUAGGUUUCAACUCAGCGGGGUUAAGCUACUUCAUGGUUCAUGAUAUGAUAAAACAAAAAUUUUCAAGGUAAGAAACAAAACAAGGAGACCAUAAAACGCAGCAGAUGCCCUGAGCUUUUGAGGAAUUAGAUGAGCCAGGCCUCAUGUACCCUCCAAACCUUUCGCCACCUCUUGAAAGCCAGCAUUGCCAACAGAGACCUUCAAACAGGCAAAACCCUCCACGCACUAUACCUCAAAUCUCUAAUUCCUUUCUCAACGUUUCUCUCCAACCACUUCAUCAUCCUCUACUCCAAAUGCAACCGCCUAACCACGGCCCACUUUGCCUUCAACCAAACCUACGAACCUAAUGUCUUUUCUUUCAACGUUCUCCUGGAAGCCUAUGCAAAAAAAUCACUUACUGAUAUUGCCCACCGCCUGUUUGAUAAAAUUCCCCAACCAGACGUUGUCUCUUAUAAUACCCUCAUCACUGCUUAUGCAGAUUGCGGGAAGAUUUUACCCGCCUUAAGCUUGUUUAGGGAAAUGAGAGAGAUUGGUUUUGACGUGGAUGGGUUCACCCUCUCUGGAGUGAUCAGUGCUUGUUGCAAUGAUGUGAAUUUGAUCACCCAGUUGCAUUCUUUAUCUGUUUCUGCUGGACUUGAUUCUUAUGUUUCAGUGAACAAUUCGCUGGUUACAUAUUAUGGUAAAAAUGGGUAUUUGGAGGAGGCGGAAAGAAUAUUCUACGGGAUGGGAGAAGAGAAUAGAGAUGAGGUUUCUUGGAACACUAUGAUCGUGGCAUAUGGGCAGCAAAGAGAGGGGUUUAAAGCGUUGGCAUUGUUUCAAGAAAUGAUUCACAGGGGCUUUGAGGUUGAUAUAUUUACUCUGGCAAGUGUUUUGACUGCGUUUACAUGCAUGGAGGACUUGUUUGGGGGACUGCAGUUUCAUGCUAAGUUGAUCAAAACUGGGUUUUAUCAGAAUUGUCAUGUAGGGAGUGGUUUGAUCGACUUGUAUGCUAAGUGUGGUGGUAGUAUGUUAGACUGUAGAAAAAUAUUUCAAGAGAUCCCUGCCGCAGACUCUGUUCUUUGGAACACAAUCAUUUAUGGCUAUUCACUAGAUGAGGAAUUAUCUGAGGAGGCUCUUGAUUGUUUUAGGCAGAUGCAGCGUGCUGGUUACAAGCCAGAUGAUUGUACCUUUGUGUGUGUGAUUAGGGCAUACUCUAAUUUAUCAUCUCCCUCUCAGGGAAAACAAAUUCAUGCAUUGGCAAUGAAAUCUGACAUCCCUUCAAAUCAAAUUUCUGUGGAUAAUGCUCUUGUUGCCAUGUAUUCAAAGUCUGGAAAUCUUCAAGAUGCAAGACGUUUAUUUGAUACGAUGCUAAAGCAUAAUGUGGUGUCAUUAAAUUCAAUUAUUGCAGGCUAUGCACAACAUGGAAAUGGAAUGGAAUCACUGCUCCUUUUUAAACAGAUGCUCGAGAAUGGCAUUGCCCCUACAAGAAUAACCUUUAUUUCCGUCCUUUCUGCUUGUGCACACAAUGGAAAGGUUGAGGAAGGCAAGAGGUACUUCAAUAUGAUGAAAGAGAAGUUUUGUAUUGAACCAGAAUCAGAACAUUACUCUUGCAUGAUUGAUCUUUUGGGUCGAGCUGGAAAGCUACAUGAAGCAGAAGAACUAAUUGAGACAAUGCCAUUUAGCCCUGGCUCCAUUGGUUGGGCUGCAUUACUUGGUGCCUGUAGGAAACACGGAAAUGUGGAGCUAGCUGAGAAGGCAGCAAAUGAGUUAUUGCAGCUGGAACCUACAAAUGCCACACCUUAUGUCUUGCUAGCAAAUAUGUAUAGCAGUGCUGGAAAAUGGGAAGAGGUAACUAGAGUUAGAAAGCUUAUGCGAGCUAGGGGUGUUAAGAAGAAGCCAGGCUGUAGUUGGAUUGAGUUGAACAAGAGGAUACAUGUGUUUGUGGCUGAAGAUAGAUAUCAUCCACUGAUGAAAGAAAUUCAUGGUUACUUGGAGGCGAUGUCAAUGAAGAUGAAGCAAGCUGGGUAUGUGCCUGAUGUGAGAUGGGCUUUGGUUAAGGAUGAUGAAACGGUGGAAGGGGAGAGGGAGUUCAAGAUAGCUCAUCACAGUGAGAAACUAGCAGUGGCAUUUGGACUGCUUUCAACAAAAGAUGGAGAGCCAAUACUUGUGAUGAAAAACCUCAGGAUAUGUGGGGAUUGCCACAAUGCAAUCAAAUAUAUCUCAGCGAUUUCUGGUAGAACAAUUACUGUCAGGGAUACUCAUAGAUUUCAUUGCUUCAUGGAAGGACAGUGCUCUUGUGGCGAUUAUUGGUGAUAAUAGUUGACAAUGUGCAGUUUUGGCUCCUGUAUUUGUAGGUAUGGCACAGGGGCCCUGCUUCCUUAUAGCUAACUUCCUCCAUACAAAAAGCAAAGAAAAAAAUUAUGAUACAUAA